GUUUAGUCAGUUUCCGUGUAGCUAGUCGUAUCGGAAGUUGGAAAUCGACGAGCUCUCUGGGGUCAUAUCAAUUACAUCCCUCAUGUUUACUCACUGGAGACCCAAGGAUUAACCACAAAUCACUGAUUUUGUUCAUUUAUAUUUUAUAUAUGCCUUUCGUCACCGAGCAUGUUUUGAUGAUAUAACAGGACUCAAACAGAGGGGACAGAAAUGGCGGCGCCUUACCACUGGCAGAGCCACAAUGUUAAGACCAGCGGGGUCGACGAUAUGGUUCUCCUCCAAAAAAUCUCUGAGUCCGCAAUCGUGGAGAACCUCAAAAAGAGACUCAUGGAGGACACCAUCUUCACCUAUAUUGGACCUGUGCUGGUCUCGGUCAAUCCAUUCAAACAGCUGAGCAUCUUCACAGACAGAGAGGUGGAAAUGUAUCAAGGAGCUGCUCAGUAUGAGAAUCCUCCACAUGUCUACGCCUUAGCGGAUAACAUGUAUAGAAACAUGAUGAUAGACAUGGAAAACCAGUGUGUUAUUAUCAGUGGUGAAAGUGGUGCCGGAAAAACAGUGGCAGCUAAAUUCAUUAUGGGUUUCAUUGCCAAAGUCUCAGGUGGUGGUCCAAAAGUUCAGAGAGUCAAAGAUGUUAUACUGGAGUCAAAUCCAUUGUUAGAAGCCUUUGGAAAUGCAAAGACAGUCCGUAAUAAUAAUUCUAGUCGAUUUGGUAAAUAUGUGGAGAUACAGUUCAGUCGCGGUGGUGAACCAGAUGGAGGGAAAAUAUCAAACUUUCUCCUAGAAAAGUCUCGUGUUGUGACGCAAAACCAGAAUGAGAGGAAUUUCCAUAUAUUUUACCAGAUGUGUUUUGGUGCUGACAAUAAAAUUAAAGAGUCCCUGGGUCUCACUAAUCCUGACUACUACAUGUACCUGAACCAAAGUGGAGCUUAUAAAGUGGAUGGCACUGAUGAUGUACAGGAAUUCAAAGAUACCAUGCAUGCUAUGACUGUGGUAGGCAUUCCAGAAGAAAACAAAGAGGACAUACUGAGUCUUAUAGCAGCCAUUCUUCAUCUGGGAAAUGUUAACUUCAUAGAGGACGGAAACUACGCCAAAGUACAGAAUGAUGAUUUUUUACAGUACCCCUCUUACCUGUUAACUGUUGACCAGGAAUUCCUCCGCCAGAAGCUGACCAGUCACACGAUGGACAGUAAAUGGGGAGGAAAGACGGAGAGGAUUGAGGUCACCCACAAUGUAGAGCAGGCCGAAUUCACACGGGAUGCCCUAUCAAAGGCCCUAUACUCCAGGAUAUUUGACUACCUUGUCAAUGCUGUGAACAAAGCUAUGAGGAAGGAUUAUGAAGAAAUCAACAUAGGAAUUUUAGACAUCUAUGGAUUUGAAAUAUUUCAAAAGAAUGGAUUUGAACAGUUCUGUAUAAACUAUGUGAACGAAAAACUACAGCAGAUAUUUAUAGAACUAACAUUAAAAGCUGAACAGGAAGAGUAUGUGCAAGAAGGAAUCAAAUGGACACCAAUAGAAUACUUCAACAAUAAAAUUGUGUGUGAUUUAAUUGAGACUAAAUCUCCACCAGGAGUUAUGUGUAUUAUGGAUGAUGUCUGUGCAACCAUGCAUGCCGUAUCAGAAGGGGCAGAUCAAACUCUGUUACAGAAAUUAUCUGGUGGAGUAGGGAGUCAUGAACAUUAUCAGGGAUCUAGUAUAGGAUUUGUCAUCCAUCAUUACGCAGGAAAGGUGUCCUAUGAUGCUGAUGGAUUUUGUGAGAGAAACCGAGAUGUCCUGUUCCAGGAUUUAGUCAUGCUGAUGCAAUCCAGUCAGAAUGAGUUCUUAGUCAGUUUGUUCCCAGAAGAUCUUAGUCAGCAAACCAAAGGGAGACCAUCCACAGCUUCCAGUAAAAUUAAGACACAGGCCAACAAGCUGGUGGACACAUUGAUGAAAUGUACCCCACACUACAUAAGAUGUAUUAAACCAAAUGAAACAAAGAAACCAAGAGAUUUUGAAGAUAGCAGGGUGAAGCACCAGGUGGAGUAUUUAGGACUGAAGGAGAACAUCAGAGUCAGGAGAGCUGGGUUUGCCUUCAGGAGAGAGUUCUCCAAAUUCUUGAGAAGGUAUGCGAUCUUGACCCCUGAGACGUGGCCCCAGUGGCGAGGGGAUCCGCGGCAGGGAAUCAAACACCUAAUGAACUACGUCAACAUGGAUCCUGACCAGUGGCAGUUAGGACACACCAAGGUGUUCAUCAAAAACCCUGAAUCUCUGUUCUUACUAGAAGAGAUGAGAGAGAGAAAGUUUGACGCAUAUGCUCGAGUCAUCCAAAAAGCCUACAGAAAAUACCACGCCAGGAAAAUGUACUAUAAACUACGAGAAGAAGCCUCGGACAUUUUGUUGAACAAGAAGGAGAGAAGAAGACACAGUCUAAACAGGAACUUUGUCGGGGACUACCUCGGAAUGGAGGACAAUCCCGCAUUACGUACAUUUGUUGGCAAACGAGAGAGGAUCGAGUUUGCUGAUACUGUGCUGAAGUUUGACAGAAGGUUCAAGAUUGCCAAAAGGGAUCUUCUUUUAACAGCAAAGAAGAUCUAUUUAAUAGGAAGGGAAAUAGUAAAAAAAGGUCCAGACAAGGGAAAAAUGAUAGAAGUUCUAAAACGUGACAUUCCACUAGAAAGUAUAAAACAAGUGUGCCUUAGUCCCUUACAGGAUGAUAUAUUUGUGAUACAUAUAGAGAACGACUUCAGCAGCAUGUUAGAGUCCAUGUUUAAGACAGAAUUUCUCAUGACCUUGAAAAAGAGAUACAAGGAGAAAACGAAUAGAGAGCUCCCAAUCAGUUUUUCAGAUGUAAUUGAGUUCCCUGUCAAGAAGGAAGGAUGGGGAGGAGGAGGAACUAGGGUGAUAAAGUUCCAGAGGCUGCCCCAACCUAGUGAUAUAGCCAUGCUCAAACCAUCAGGAAAAACUCUGACUGUGUCUAUAGGGCCAGGGUUACCCAAGGACUCACGUCCUGGGAAGACAAAGAUGGCGGUCAGAAAUGGCAGCAUGCGAUCGAGGAGGGCAGGGUCACAAAGAGGUCCCCCCUCAAGGCCCGCCCCUACCCGACCCCCUCCAAACUUUGCACCACCAGCCAUACCAGGGUCAGGACCAGCACACAUGGGAGGAGGGAAGCGUCGAUCUCGCCUUAAUAGUGACCACGCCCCCUCGCUGCCUCAGGGUGGAUUCCAGCAGGUCCUACGGAGGAGUAAGAAGAAUGCUCCAAUCAACAAUAACUUCAUGGCCACACCAGAAGCUGGCCAGGCUGGAAUUUUAGCCCAGUUAGACCAAGAGAGGAUGACAUCACAAGUUCAGAGGAGGAAGUCCGGGGGAAAGCCCCCACCCCCAGGGGCAGGUAGACCCAAGCCCCCUCCCCAGAAGCCCAAACCUAGUCUUCCCAAAUGUCGCUGUCUUUAUGCUUAUGACGCUCAGGAUACAGAUGAACUCAGCUUCAACGAAGGAGAUAUUAUAGAAAUCCUCAAAGAGGAUCCUGCGGGUUGGUGGAGGGGCCGGUUAAGAGGAAAAGAGGGAUUGUUUCCUGCCAAUUACAUAGAAAAGAUGUGAUUUGUUUGUAAGAUUAUGAUAGUGACAUUCUGAUUAAAGGAAGAGGAGUCGAGUCAGUUAAGCAGUGGCGUGUGAUAUGGACCAUCAGUAAAUUCAGUUUUAAAGGACUUCUCAGUAGCCAAGGAAAAGGGCAAUCAACUCUUGGAAACUUGUUAAAGUGACAUUCAUGUUUUAGAAAAGGAAAUGAUAAUUUAUGAAAACCUGAUGAUCAGUGAGCCCUUCUUAGUAGUCAGUAGGAAACUUUUAAAGUAACUUUUUAUGCUUUCCCUAAAAUAGUGACUUGAACAAAACCAAUUCUUUCUGAUCUCUGAUUCUACCUUAACAGACUAUGCAAACAAAAUAGAUUUUUGACAUAAUGUCAAUACUAUGUUCAUUGGCAUUGUUUUAAGUGAUAUACUUGUGAUAUGGAUAUAUCAAAAUUGUAUGGUCAAUAAAUCUUUUUUUUGUAGGCUGUCAAAAUGUAUUAUGCUAGCUUUUCUUAGAUGCAUAUUAUAUAUUAAUGUUAUUAUCCACUAUGUAGCAAACUUUGAAUUCAAAAUUAAAAAAACCUUGUUUUAGCUAGGUUUCUGCAUUUGUAGGCAUAUCAGACUUGGAGAUCCAAAAUGAAAAUAAAUAAAUUCAGCAAUAAUAUAGUUUCUUUAAAAAUACCUCUUGGUUUGAGUUAAAAAAAGAAGAAGCAUUUUUUAGAAAACUUUUAAAAUUAGAAGUUUGAAAACCUGUACUUGUAGAUAUAGCAUUGUUCACCUUUGAACAUUGUACUGUUGUUAUAUUUUACAAGUCUUGUUAUUGUUGGAGGGAUCAUAAUUGUUAUUUGUUUUAUUCUAUGAAGUUUCUUGUUAUCAAUCAACAAUUGGUGCUUGUGAUAAAGUCUGUUUUAUAUCAAAGCUAUAUCCAUUGAUCAACACCACCUCUAUGCAUUUUCUCCGUCCCUUGUAAGAAUUGAACUUUUCUAGGGAUAAACUGAAAAUGUAUUCAUAUAUUCUGAAUCAAAGACAGAGAGAAUCUUAUUGGAGUUUACCUCAAUACUUCAUGCUGCAUUUUUUAAAAAAGAUAUUUUCAAAACAUUGUGAAGUUAAUUCUAUAGUAAGUAUAAAAUUUUCUUAUAAAAGGAAAAAUGGAGUAAGCAGGAUCAGGCGCUGUUUAACUUUUAUGUAAGAACUUUUUUUGAAUGUAUGCUUUAUCAUAUUUAUGUGAUACAUGAAUUCCUAGGGGAAAAUGUCUCAAAUCCCACUUGUAUUUUUCAAGUGAAAUCCACAGUGCUAUACAAUUAUGUAUUAAUAAGAACAACCAUUCUGUGAAAAUCAGAAAAUUAAUGAUGCCUAUUUGCAAUUUUAUAGUUGUACAUGUACAUUCUAGAGAAUAUGCUUACUGCAACUAAGAAGUAAAUGACUCAUUAAACAAAAUUAAUUUUCUGAGAGAAAGACAACAUGAGUUAGCUAUACAUUCCUGUUCAAUGGCAAUUUUUUUCUUCCAGUUAAUCUGUGGUACAUGACAUUGCAUCCUAUGUCACCAUGACUUAUCAACUUGUUAAAUAUAAAGAUCUGUUAUUUUUUUAACAACUGUUAUUUUUAUAUGCAUAUUUUCUCAUUAUGAUUAGUCAUUAAAUUGCAAUAUUGUAGCUUUUUA